AUGGGUAACCCAAGGCAAGGAAAGAAGGUUGCACCCAAGGUUGCAGGCAGAGGAAAAGGUCGCGGUGCAGGCAUAGUAACCUCACGGUUGCACGAUGAAGAUCAAAUCAAAGACACAAGGGCUACAAAGAAGCCCGCUGCACCUAGCAGGCCAGCCUCACCAUCCGAAAGUUCCUCCUCGUCUGAUGAGGAGAGUUCUUCUAGUUCGUCUAGCCAUAGCGGACCCAGGCAGGCUGCUACACCACCACACUGGCCUCAACCACCCAUUAGACAGCCUACUGCGGAGGAGCGCGAACAAGAGUGCGAGCAGGAAAUGAGAGAGACUGACAUCCGGAUGAGGGUUGUGUAUGAGCAGGACCUCCGGUUUUUUGUGGAGAGAUCUGAAGAACUGUAA